UUCUCCCGCUGUCCCCGGUCCUGGAGCUCUCCAGGCCGGGCACGUCUGUCACCGACCUGGCCUCUCUUUUAAGGGCUGGGCCACCGCAUAUGUAGGAUUGAACAAGAGCCUGGUGCCAGGCUGAGGCUGUUGAGCUCCAAGGCUCUGCCCUCCGGGCAAGGUGCCUGCUGGGACUCUGGCGAGCUCAGCUCCCUGGUCAAGCAGGUGCCAGAACACUGCGCUGUCUCCAGCAGCUGCGAGGGCUCUGUGCUCACCCUGUCCUGGAGGUGUCUGAGUUCGAACAUGGUGCAAAAGUACCAGUCUCCUGUCCGAGUGUACAAGUAUCCGUUUGAGCUGGUCAUGGCGGCCUACGAGAAGCGCUUCCCCACUUGCCCUCUCAUUCCUGUUUUCCUGGGUAGCGAAAUCCUGGGCGAGUGGAGAAGCGCAGAUGGGGCUGUGCACACGGUGGAACGGAGCUGCCGGCUGCGUGUGGACGCCCCGCGGCUGCUGCGGAAGAUUGCCGGUGUGGAGCACGUGGUCUUCGUUCAGAGAAACGUGCUGAACUGGAGAGAGAGAACGCUGCUGAUAGAUGCGCACAAUGAGACCUUCUCGAGCCGAGUGACCGUGAAGGAGAGCUGCCGCUACACGGUCCAUCCUGAGAAUGAAGACUGGACUUGCUUUGAACAGUCUGCCUCCCUGGAUGUCCGAUCCUUCUUUGGCUUUGAAAGCACCUUGGAGAAGAUCGCCAUGAAGCAGUACACUGCCAAUGUCAAGAGGGGGAAAGAGGUGAUUGAGCACUACCUGAGUGAGCUCAUUUCCCAGGGGACAUCUCACAUUCCCCGCUGGACACCUGCCCCAGUCCGGGAGGAAGAUGCCCGCAGCCAGGCUAUGCACCGGUGCCCCAGCCCCACGGAGACAGAUGGUCCUAGUGAUGUCCCAGGCCCUGAUCCUGAGAUGGCCAUAGCUGAUGGGGACAAGCUGGAUGCAGACUACAUCGAGAGGUGCCUGGGCCAUCUCACUCCCAUGCAGGAGAGUUGCCUGGUCCAGCUUCGGCACUGGUUACAGGAGACUCACAAAGGCAAGAUCCCCAAAGAUGAGCACAUUCUGCGCUUCCUGCGGGCACGAGAUUUCCACCUGGAGAAGGCCCGGGACAUGCUGUGCCAGUCCCUGAGCUGGCGGAAGCAGCACCAGGUGGAUCACCUUCUGCAGACCUGGCAGCCUCCUGCUCCCCUGCAGGAGUUCUAUGCCGGAGGCUGGCACUACCAGGAUAUAGAUGGUCGCCCACUCUACAUCCUGCGCCUGGGCCAGAUGGACACCAAAGGCCUGAUGAAGGCAGUGGGCGAGGAGGCGCUGCUGCAGCACGUUCUUUCCGUCAACGAGGAAGGACAGAAGAGAUGCGAAGGGAACACGAGACAGUUUGGCCGUCCAAUCAGCUCCUGGACCUGCCUACUGGACCUGGAGGGCCUCAACAUGCGGCAUCUGUGGCGGCCGGGAGUGAAGGCCCUGCUGCGGAUGAUCGAGGUGGUGGAGGACAAUUACCCCGAGACCCUGGGCCGAUUGCUCAUCGUGCGCGCGCCCCGCGUAUUCCCGGUGCUGUGGACGCUGGUCAGCCCCUUCAUCAAUGAGAACACCAGGAGGAAGUUCCUCAUCUACAGUGGCAGUAAUUACCAGGGCCCUGGUGGCCUGGUGGACUACCUGGACAAGGCUGUGAUCCCUGACUUCCUGGGAGGAGAGAGUGUGUGUAAUGUUCCAGAAGGAGGCCUGGUCCCCAAGUCCCUGUAUCUGACUGAAGAGGAGCAGGAGCAGGCUGACCAGCUUCGGCAGUGGAGUGAGACCUACCAUGCGGCUAGUGUGUUCCACGGAACUCCCCAUGAGGUUGCCAUGGAGAUUCCAGAAGGAGAGUCCGUCAUCACCUGGGACUUUGACAUCCUUCGAGGAGACGUGGUGUUCAGUUUGUACCAUGUAAAGCAGGCACCCAAGCUAGGUCUCCAGGAGCCUGGGGCUAGAACCAGCGGGCAGCUGAUUGACAAGAACUGGGUCCUCGGGGCAGAUUACAGCCGUGUAGAGGCACCCCUCAUCUGCCGAGAAGGCCAGAGCAUUCAGGGUUCCCAUGUGACUCAGUUGCCUGGCAUCUACCUGCUCCAGUGGCAGAUUCACAGUCCCUCUGAGAGUGUGGCCUGCAGCCUCCCAGGCGUGGGUGACGUCCUGACAGCUCUGCACAGCCCUGGCCCCAAGAGCAAGCUGUUGUACUAUUGUGAAGUGCUGGCAUCUGAAGACUUUAGGGGCUCCAUGUCCAGCCUGGAAUCCUGCACCAGCCGCUUCUCUCAGCUCAGUGCCACCACCUCCUCCUCCUCCUCUGGCCAGUCCCACAGUGGCUCAGUGGUGUCCAGAUAACUGGCUGGGAACCUGCUGGCAGUCCGAGUGCAUCUGGUAUUGGGCAGUGUCCAGGACGAAAAGAGCCGGUCCAGACACCUGGGACCACGCUGGAUCGACGAUGCCGCAGCUGGGGUGUGGGGACCGCACAGCAGAGAUCUAGCUCUGCCUGUGUGCAGAGGGAACCUUACUUCACCGCCCUUCAGGGGACAAGGAGAGACACUAUACUUGGACUUUCUAAAACCGAGACCUCAUAGAUGCUCCGUCUCCUAUGUCCUGGAUCUGGAGUCCAGGGCUGGGACCGACUGGGACUGGGCCGUGUCGCAUCAUUACUGUGCUUCCAAUAGGUUUGCUCUUUCCUCAGGGAGGCCUUUUCUACUAAGGGGUCAUCACUGUUUGGUGCCCUCCUCCAUCUCCCAGGAGAGUACAGAAGGGAACAUCCCUUCCCAGGGUUCCAGACCACUUAGCUUGCAGGGUCCAUUCUGAGCCAAUCACAGUUGUCAGGGAGUGCGAAGGACACUUGAUUGCCAGCAUGGUCAUAUAUCCAAUCUGGACCAAUCACUGUGAUUUGGGGAUAGAAUGCAAUGUAGUAAUUGGCCAGCCAGGACUACAGGAAUAUUUCUGGGGCCAACCGUAUGGUCUGGAAAGGGCAAGGUGGGCUGAAGGAUUACUGGGUAGCUGGGGAGAUGGUCCCCUCAGCACCUGGUUGCUUAACUGUGGCUGAGCACUGUCCAAGGAGCUGUGAUGGGGAGACAGGGCUCCACUUCCUACAGGAAACCGCCUGCCAUGGACUGCAUUUCUGCUUUCUAGUCUGUGGAGCACUUAACCUUGACUCGAGGAACAUAGUUCCACCCAGGGCUUCUGCCUAGUCCCUGGCAGUGAUGGGGUGAUGGGGUGACUCCAGCUGUUCUUGUUCCCCUCCAGAGCCUCUUCUUCCUGAGGUGCUGCUCCUUCUCUGAGUGACAGGACACUCCUGGUCAGCCUAGGAGAACUUAGUUCAGGUUGGAUCCGGUCUCAGCCUGAUGCUGGGCAUCCCCUGGGGGUGGAGGUGGUUGUCCCUGUCCUGGAGUUGCUCUGACUCAGGAACACCAAGAUAAAUAACACUUUCCCAGAUACCCCAAGGGUGUAGUGGGUCUUCUUGGAGACCAAGGACUUGUUCUUUCCAUUUCCUGGAUUAGCAGAAGGUGAGGUCACUGUUUGGUAACCUUCCGCUAGUUGCAGCCUCUCUUUAGUGUUUUGUGUUUUGCCUACAGCGUGGCUCAAAACUUGAGGCACAGCAUAGAGAAAUCAGGAUUCAGAUCUAGUUUUCCUUAGCCCACACUGUUUCCACCUCCGCCAACCAGCACUGACCUGCACCACUGUCCCAGGUUGCGCCUGAUUGAAGCUCUGUGUACAGCCUCAGACCCAACCUGGCCCCGAAGCUCCUCAUUGCUCUUCUCUGUCAGCCUUGCUUAGAGUCGGGGUCAUUUCUACAGCUCACUAGGCUAAGGGGUAGUUUCUGGUUGGGGGGGUCAGGAGAGCAAGCAUGGGCUUCAUGCUGGGCCCACCCCAAAUCUGAAGCAGUAGGAAAUGGAUUCUUGAAGGGAGAACCUUCCACUGAUGGAAAGCCUGGCCAGAAUUCUUGUUCUGUUCUUCAGGAAUAGCAAUGAAACACAGGACUGCAGCAGUGUGUGUGUGUGUGUGUGUGUGUGUGUCCAUCUUCCAGAGAGAUAGCCAAAACCAGUUGUCUCCAAAUCACCAAGAGCAAUUGGUGAUGUUUUCAGUGAUCCUUAUUAUUUUGAUUAUCGUUGUUAAUUAUUUGCUGUUAUUGCAGUGCUGAGGUCCAAACCCAGGCCUUGUUCAUGCUGGGCAAUCACUGAGCCACAUGCAAGGCCCAUUUCUGUGGUGGUUGCUUUGUUUUCGUUUUUUUGGACAUGGUUUCAUGUAUCCCAGCCUUGAACUCUUGUAAGGCUAAGGAUGACCUUGAACUCCUGGUCCUUCUGCUUCUGCCUCUAAAAUUUUGGGAUCACCAGUGUGUGCCUCUCCACUUAUUGUAUGCAGUGCUGGGAGCUGAACCCAGGGCUUCAUACAUGCUGGGCAAGCACCCUACCACCACGACUCAAUCCCAGCCCGUGUUAGCAAUCUUUAAAUGAGCUUCUAACUUCAAACCAAAGCUUUACCCUAGAAGUGCUUUGGGGAGAAGCUGUCUAGUGGCCUUUGCACAUUUAUCCUCCAGACAGUGACGAACACAGACCAAGAGGGGUCUUGAAAGGCUUCACCUCUCCCCACCCCCCAGGGAAAACCGAUUUGAACAAGAGGAAUCCCUUGGUCCUUUCCUGCAGGUAUGGCUGCACCCAGGCCUCUUGACUCACAUCUCUCUGUACAUUUGCCUCGUGUCCUCUCACUGCUGAGAGGCAGCUCCAAGCUUGUACUCACAGGGUUCCCAGUGUCUAACAGAAAGACAGUCCCUAACCACAACCUCCCAAGAGGCUCUGACUGGUCCUGCUCAAGUCACACACAUACUCCGUGCCCAAGCAUUCCCAGACCAGUGGGUGGACGCUGGGGACUAAGAAAUCCCUCUGGAAGAAAUCUGGGUCAUAGCAUCAGCAGAUGGCUGUGGUGGCAUCCAUUGUGUCCUCCUGCAUUGGCACUCGGGAAAGCCAGCAAUUAAAAAUAGCCAAGGGUGCUUGGGAGGUGACUCAGCUGCCUAAAUGACCGGUGCACAAGCAUGAGGGCCUGAGUUUGGAUCCCAGAAGCCAUGCAAAAGGCCUGCUGCAGGGAUGCUCACCUGCAACCCCAGUGCUGAGUGGACAGACAGGAGGGGAAAUGGCACUCACUGACCACUCAGCGGAGCUCAGUUGCUGAGCUCCAGACUCAAGGGGAGGCCCUGUCUGAAAAAAGUAAGGCAGAGAGCAAAUGGAGAAGACACGCCAAUCUUCGGCCUACACGUACACACAUACAUAUAUCACACACAUGCACAAAGCGUCCCCCAGGAGGGCCUGCCAGGCUCUGGCCUUUCCCCCGGGCAGACAACCACAUGGAAUUCAUUUCUUUCUCCACUUUUUUCAUUAGCCUAUGGCCAGAUCAGAGUGCCCUACAUCAAUAGACUACAGUCUUGAAACCCCAGCCUUUCUUUCACUCACAGUGAAACCUUGUGCAGGUGACUUGUCUUUUCUGUGCCUCAGUUACCUCAUCUGUAAAAUGGGGAUGGCAGUGCCUACCUCACCAGGUCACAGUGGGACAGAUGAGAACGUGGCUGGCAAGGCUCCACACACAAAAAAUACUUAGUGAGUCCGGGUAUGCUCAGGGAGAGGACUGUUGGCAUUAGGGAGUUUGAAGCGGUUGGUGUGUUUCUAUCCUGGAAUCCCCAUUUUUCUUAACUCUGGAAAACUGGUCAACAACAACCACAUCUUCCUUCUCAGUGAGCCGGCUGCUGGAGACAGGGUGUUUGUUUGAUUUGACAGAAGCAUUAAACAUAUACAUUUGGA